AUGAUCAAAGUCCGAUGCGCAAAGUCCGACAAGCACUACACGUUUUUCGCUCAUGGUGCCUCGAAAUGUCUGCCAGAGGUACCGCCUGAGUUCAUUCGAGCAGCAACGGUUAAGCGCGCAAAGUGCCGAAAGUAUUCACCCUUCGCCAGUGCGAGAUCACGCAUCGGAAUUGUUACUGCGCAUUUUGGUGAAGUCAAGGAACAUUAUCAAAUGGCGUUUCAAACACAUUUGUUCCACUCUUUGGUCCAUGGAACAGAAGUCAGGGUCAUGUGCGACCCUAUUGUCGACGAUCUGUGGAACAAGCCAGCCUACAUCUUGGACCUUCUCUUUCGCGAGAUGAUGAAACCAGAGAAGGAACGUCUUGAAUGGGUUCAAUGGGUGGACCGCGAUACUCUUAUUCUCGACCAAUGCAGACCCAUCUCGAGCUUCCUUCCACCCGAGAAGGGACGCUACGGUUUGUGGUGGGUUCGUGACGACGAACCAAAUGAGGAGCGAAAACCCCAAGCAAAUACGACACACUUACUCGUAACCGAAGACUGGAACGGUCUCAACAAUGGGGUGUUCCUCCUUCGCGUAAACCGUUGGGCGAUCGAACUCUUCACCGCUAUCCUUGCUUUCCGGCACUACAGGCCUGAGGUCGACCUCCCAUUUACCGAGCAAUCCGCCAUGGAGCAGGUUCUUCGUACAGAACAGUUUAGGGGUCAAACAAGAUAUGUACCCCAGCAUUGGUUUAAUGCAUACGAAGGGGGUGCAGCACAAAUGUUUGAGGAGCGAAAGGAUGAGGAGGGGUUAAAGCAGUUCCAGGCCAGGAGAGGCGAUUAUUUGGUGCAUUUUGCGGGGCACAGCAGGAAGGAUGAAGCGAUACGAGAGUGGACGAGCAUGCUAGAUCAGAGCGGAGACGUCUGGGAGGAGAAUAGGGUUCAGAGAGACGUGUCACAAGAGAUUGAGACCUUCUGGAAAGGCUUAGGGUACGGAGGGUAG